CCGAGAUCCGAGCUCUGGGCGACAACCUACGUGUUGAGUAGGCAACCCACUACUAUGAUGUCGAGUCACUCGGGCUUGACGCUGGUGGGAGCUCGCUAUGUCUCGAAACUUCGUUCGACUACCCGCAGCUCAGUACAAAAGGACGGCAGAAGCGGGCUAUACCCCGACCGCACCAGCUCUCUUUCCAGUGCCUCUCAGCCUACCACUCCUCUUGCCUAUAUCUGCUUCACCCUGCUACUGGCAUGGCUCGCAAGACCGUCUUCGCACCAUCUAUUUCUUCUUCAUCUGCUACUAAAACUCCCAAUCCCGCCCGCUCUGUCAGUUCGCCGGUACAGCACCCUCCGGGCUCAGCCUGCAUUUUUGGGAUGGCGGUGCUCGAGAAUCCGCGGCUUGCCAAUCCGUCAAAGGUGCGCUCCAUCACCUUCGACGCGAGCUUCUGGAUGGGAGAGGAGUCUAUGCCUCUAACGGCCUGCUUCCGUUACUUCAAUAAGGACAACCUGGAGAUUCCCGAGAAUGGGACGUUUGCGGUCAUGGCCACGGUUGCCCAGCCCAACGAAGUCGCAGACCUGUGCACCAUGGCUCCGUACACGGACUAUGACCUCAUUGGCGACAUCAUCUGGAUGGUUCAUGCACCUGGUGCUGACGCUCAUCAGCAGCCUAUGCUGAUUGCUAACGGCCCCUCUCGCAAUAUCCAGCGCGAUCAAGCCAUGUUUGACGUGCAGGCCACCCAAUUUGUUCAACAGCUUAGGGAGGCCAACCCGGGAUCAGUCGCCGUACAGGUAGAGAUCCCGGACACUGGUCGCUUCAAGAACAGCAAGAAGCCUCUUCCGAGCACGGAGGGAUCGAACGCCGCAGUCAUAGGCCGUCUUACUGGCAUCGAACGCUCCCCCCGGGUUAUGGCAGCUGAGUCGUUCCGCAUAACGCUCGAAAGUGUUGCAUACUUUCCCCGCUCCCAUGUCUCGCUUCCUGUCCACAAUCCCACUACGCCGCCCACCGGCACAAGACGCAGGUUGAAUUUCCAAGAUGCACCCGACACGCCGCUUCCUCCGGUGAAGAAGCGUGCGGUAUCGUUGGAGGACUCUGUAGAUACUGUAGUAGGACAGUCCUCAUGCUCACAGGACAGCGAUCAGGACGGCGCUGCCAGCAGCGGUGUAUUGGCUUGACUCUUAACUUAGCAUGAGCUGUUGAUAUGUCUAAUUGGCCACAAUGAUCUUCUAAAAUUUGCGCAUCUACGGUAUCAGUUUGUACGUUCUCCGGCCAGAACCGGUUUUGUAGGGUAGCUAUACUCAUAUC